CAUGGUACACUCAUUGCAGUAAAUUGUGUAAUCAUGUUUUUAGUGAUUAAAAUGAGUUUAUUUUCGUUUAAUUCAGGUAUUUAGAAUGUUGAAUAAUUUUUAAUUACCAUAGAAUCAGUUGUAAAUAUAUAAAAACAAAUAAAUUCAAUUAGGCAACUAUUGUUUUUCUAAUAAAAUUAAGAACAAUCUAAAAUAUGCAUCCUGAUUUGUCACCACACUUGCACACUGAUGAAUGUAAUGACUUAACCAUGGAAUUUAAAAACUGUAAUAUAGAGCAUAAAGUUUUGAGAUUUGUUGGCAGAUGUGAUAAAGCUUAUGAUCGAAUGGUUCACUGUUUUCAUUUGGAGCGAAAAGCCAAGCGUCUAAAAAAUAACCAAGAAGCAAUACAACAUCAAGCUCUAGUAAGACAAAGGAUGUUAGCAGAAAUGAAAUCAGAUAGAGAAAAAGGAAUUGUGAAUUGAGAUAUUCAAUUUGUUGUAUAUAGGUUUAGGUAAAAAUUAUUGAAAAAAAUAUAAUAAAAUAUAGCAGUUUAUAA